AUGUCUUCUAUUAUGGAAGAUCUUGAUCUCUCUAUCGCACAAUUUUCGUUAUUUGGCUCGCUGUUAACGUUUGGAGGAAUGAUCGGUGCCAUUUUUAGCGCCAAAAGUGCAGAUUUAUUUGGUCGUAAAAUGACUUUGUGGCUAGCCGAGGCAUUCUGCAUAAGUGGAUGGCUUGCAAUUGCAGUAGCCAAGGAUAUUAUUUGGCUGGACUUUGGACGAUUCUUUGUGGGAAUUGGUGUUGGACUACUUAGCUACGUGCUGUUGCAAAAUUGUGGGAUCGCAACCGCAUAUUACCUUGGAAAUUUCAUGUCAUGGAGAACGAUAGCCCUAAUCGGCAUUAUUCCAUGCUUGAUACAGUUCUUUGGGUUGUUUCUCGUCCCCGAAUCUCCAAGAUGGCUGGCAAAAGAUGGCCAGGACGAAGAAUGUGAAGUUGUUCUUCAGAAAUUAAGAGGAAAAGAAGGUGACGUUAUGACGGAAACUCGUCAAAUCAUGAUUUCUGUUGAUGCUACCGUGAACACCAGCAUGCGAAGUCUUUUCAAAAAGAAAUAUACACGUCAACUUACAAUCGGCAUAGGUUUGAUGCUUCUCCAACAGUUAUGUGGAAGUGCAGGAAUAGGUUACUACGCAGGCAACAUAUUUGAGCUCGCCGGAUUCCCUUCUCGGAUUGGGAUGACGGUGUUGUCUAUGGUCGUGGUACCAAAAGCUAUAGUGGGUCUUCUACUUGUGGAUCGAUGGGGAAGACGACCGCUUAUUAUGGCAUCGGCAUUUGGGUUAUGUUUAAGUUGUAUCUCUCUUGCAUUAUCGUUUGCCUUAAAAGGUGUCCCUGGAAUUGUAAAUUUCACACCCAUCAUGGCAUUUAUAGGAGUACUGACGUACACUAUGAUGUUCGCAGCUGGACUAGGAGCAUUACCAUGGAUUAUAAUGUCUGAGAUAUUUCCGAUGGACAUGAAAGUAGUAGCUGGGAGUUUAGUAACCAUAACGAAUUGGUUUACUGGUUGGAUCGUCAGCUACUGUUUCAAUUUUAUGCUUAUUUGGAGCCAGACCGGGACUUUUAGUAUAUUCGCUGUGAUAAGUGGAAUAGCAAUUGUAUUCGCAUGGUGUUUGGUGCCGGAGACUCGAGGACUUUAG